CAGUCUGCGCGCGCACGCGUUUCGUGUUUGACGUGUGUGUUGUCAAAGGUUCAAAACGUUCGCGACACUCGCACCGAUUUCGUAACGUUCUGUGCUAGUGAAUUUCAAUAUUUACCUUUGUUAUUUAAUUAAAACAGACUUGUGAUGGAUAUAAACGAUCGAAAAGUAAAUUCGCGCACGCAUUCGAUCACAAUGAACCGUGAUUCCAAGUUUAUUUUGCGAAAAAUCAUAAUGGAUUUCUCGAUUCUCUUUUGCAUUGGCUUCCUCAUACUGGCUUUCUAUCUGUGGGGCACUCCAUACAAGCGGGGUUUCUUCUGCGAUGACGAGUCCCUCAAACAUCCAUACCGGGAGUCCACCGUGACCAACCUCAUGCUGUAUAUAGUUGGCUUAUGCCUUCCAAUUGUUACGAUGUGCCUUACGGAAUGGAUCCACCUCCGAGACCACAAGAGUGGCCGCCCGCGGGAACUCAUGGGAAGAGAGAUCCCCACAUGGGUGUGGGAGGCCUACAGAGUCGUCGGCGUGUUCCUGUUCGGCUGCGCCUGCCAGCAGCUCACCACCGACAUCGCCAAGUACACCAUCGGGAGGCUGCGGCCGCACUUCUUCGAUGUCUGCCGGCCUAACAUAAACUGCACCGCGCCCGAGAACAAGUGGCGGUACAUCGUUGACUUCGAAUGUCUUCGCACGGACGAGCCCAAACUCAUCAAGGAGAUGCGUCUGUCCUUCCCUAGCGGCCAUUCUUCCUUCUCCGCGUAUACUAUGCUGUAUUUCUCGUUGUACCUCCACAAGCGCUUCACCUGGCGUGGCUCCAAGCUGCUCCGUCACGCGAUUCAGUUCGUGCUGAUCAUGCUGGCAUGGUACACCGUCAUGACACGAGUGUCCGACUACAAGCACCACUGGAGCGACGUACUGGCCGGCUUUAGCAUCGGGCUGCUGGUUGCCGUGGUUGUCUUCACAUUCGUGUCAAACCUCCGCAAGACACCACGGAACCGGCAACCCGUCAGCCACCACGACGCGGAGCUGCAAACCAACGGCAACACCCGCUCGGCCUCCGGUUGGCGCGUUUGACAAUCCGACGACGAGUGACCGCAGGUCAUCUCCCACGAGUAUUGAACCGCAAGUGUAGCUUAAAUUCUCAGCUUGAUUACAACGCCAUCUGUGUUGAAUACUUGGUACUAGCUUGAUUGAACUGUUAAUUAUAACGCCAUCUGCGUUUGGUACUUGGAACUAAAGUAACUUUUAUUGUUUGCUUACAAACAAACGGAAAAACCUACUCUACGUCAAACUAAAGUGUUUGACAGUGAGCGCUUUGGCGUCAAAAGUGAACUUACAAGUGAACAACCGAUGAUUAUAUUCUUCGACGUCAGAAAAAAAGGCAGCUUGAUAUCAACGCCAUCUGUGUUUGAUAAUCGAAACUACGACGCAACGUAGUCAACCUGAAAGAGAACCAGAACUGUUAUGACUUAUGAAUAUAGAUUACGAUAUAUAUGAUUUUAGAUUCUAUUGUACUGCGAGGUAGCUAAAAUGCUUUUUUACGGCUUAUUGUAUGUAAAUUCAUCCUAGAUUCAAUGUUAGAUCUAAGCGGUAGAUGGCAGUGCAAAAAAAUCAUAAGUAUGUAGACCUCAUUAAACAUAAUUUAAAUAGAGAGUGGAUAGUACUACAAUAGUAAAAAUUAUAUUCAAAAACCUAUAAUUUAUUGGUUUUAUGAACUAUUUAGUUCGUCAUCUAAAUGACCGGUUAUUUUGUACCAUGAUAGAUAUUUCUGCUCUUUAUGUAUGGAUUAUUUAUUUAUGUCUCGUAGAGACUUUCUAAAAGUUAGUUUUUCUUCGAAAUAAUAUCGACUUCCUUAGUUUUAAUAAAGGUCUAAGUGCCCUUUUGACUUUUUCGAUUUAAAAAUUAUUAUUUUAAGUAAUGAGUCUCUAAAAGUUAUUAGUCAAGUAAAUUCAUUGAUUUAAUUAUGUAGAAAGUGCAUAGUAAAGUUUGGUAUAGCUGCUUUAGAAAAAAAUACAGUACAAUUAUAAAUGUUAUUUUAUAAGAUGACUUGAUUUAGUUUUAAUGUGAUUUCUGAAGUUGGAAUUAAAUUAAAAACUGUUUUUUUCUUUAACCAGCUAUAAAAAUCGCCUUAUAAUUAUUUAAGAAUAUUUUACUACUUAAAGUUUUCGUGCAAUGUGUUAUUUAUAUAUAUACACUAUUUAUUCCUAUACAAGCUUUCAUUUAGAGUUUGUGUAAAUAAUUUAAAGUACAAUUUAUUAGUUUUAAUUUUAGCAUAGUGUGUAAAUAAAUUAUUUCAUUCGGUACGAAUUUUAACGCAUUUUAUAUUAAUGCAUUUAUUUGUUUAAAAAAUAAAACAUGCACAGCUCAUUUAUUUACUUUACCAUAGAUAAAUGUAUUAUAACAGACGCACGACUGAAGCAACAUGUCUAAGGAGUGUUGUACUUAUUCAAACUAGAUGGCGCUGCAUAGCAUUUUGCAAUUGACAAACAAGAUUUAUAAAGAAUUAGCGUUUACCAAUUUAUCACAUUAACUGCCCGCGCGAGCUGCGCGCUACGAGUGUAGCUGAUAGCAUGUUUUUUUCCCGUUUAUAGCGAAAAGCGCGUAGGCACGAAUUCGUAGGAAUAGAGAACCUGCCUAGCGGGUCAUUGUUAGUCAAUGUGUUAAACACAAAACUCAUACCGCAAUGCAGCGCCAUCUAGCUUUCAAUACCAUUACAUGCGUCUAAUAUAGUUAUUUGUUUACGAAUAUAUAAUUGUAGAAUAAGAUACCUCUGGUCUAGAAGACUCGGGGCAUGUAUUGGAUACUGUGAUAUAGAGAUGUAACAAUAUAGCAGACUGGUGAGCAGUGUAACGCUUUUUAAUGUGGGAAAAAUAGUAAAUAUGUACGUAGUUUCUUUAUUGUAUUGAAAAGUUCUUUCUCUGUUACCUAUAUACGAUGGGAAAACAAUUUUUUUCGAAUUUUAUACUUAAUUCUACUCUUUUUUCAUAUUGUCCCAAUUUAUUAUUUAUAUUUACUAACUUUAUUUAUUUCCAGCUUCACUCGCUAUGAUUUGUUUUUUAGAAAUUUUUUAAUCUUAAUAUCGGAAUCAGGAGUUUUCCAUAUUUUUCUCAUCGUACAAGCCCACACUGUUUGUUAACUGAUAUUUCGUAAACCUUAUUACAGAAGGCAUAAGGUCCACCGAUGGGCAGUUAAGAGUUUUGCUGUUUGUACCACUUAGGGCCACUUGCACCAUUCCCUAACCUGGGGUUAACCGGUUAAACUUAGAAUUACCAUGGUUACCAGUGCAAUUUGACACUGGGUUAAAGGCUUAAUCGGUUAACCUUGGGUUAGUGGAAUGGUGCAAGCGGGCCUCCGUUGUCAGUAUAAUAAUAGCAGUGAAAAAGUUACGAUUCCCACCCAUAUUACCCUAACGUAAUGGUUAUAUACUGAAUGCACUAGUUAGAAAGAGACAAACUGAUCAUUUCAGAUAAAUUAGUUCAAAAUUGUGACUUUUGUAACGGUGGACGUAAAAACGCCAUUGUGGCCUUAAACAUAAUAAAAAUUUAAAUCUAUAUUUAGAUUAGUUUCGCUUUGUACAUAUCUUGUUAGUUAAGUUUUGGUUAAUUUUAUUUUACAUUAGGAUGAAUUAUUUAUGUAGGUGUUAAAUAAUUUAAAUAUAUUGGUCGUUGAUA